UAUCUAGGAGAGUCACCUUAGACAUCUCGGUAAAAUAUUUUCCUGGUCCCCACACUACGGACGUUUUAAAUUUCUCAGACAGGAACUCGAAAGGAUUUGAACAAACGUGGAAAUGGACAAGUCACCUCCAUACCCCCCUACCCAGCCGGGGUACCCGUCACCCCCUCAGCAGGGCUACCCACAGGCCCCUCCUCCCCAACAGGGCUACCCACAGGCCCCUCCUCCCCAACAGGGCUACCCCCAACAGGGGGCACCCCCUCCCUACAGCCAACCACCACAACAGCAACACUCAGGUGCGACAACGGUGGUAGUAAAUGCACCACAGACAACUUUUGGGGCCCCGAUCCUCAGGGAAAUGUCAGUUAGAUGUACCUGUCCACACUGUCGGGCUGACAUCAUGACGUCAACAACCUACACCUCUGGUAGCAUGGUGUGGCUCGCGUUCCUCCUCAUGUUUUUUUUCGGAUUCUGGCUUUGUUGUUUUAUUCCGUUCUGUAUGGAUGGCUGUAAGGAUGUUGUCCACAACUGUCCUAACUGUGGCGGUGUAGUUGGCCGUUACAACCGGAUGUAAGGAACCGGAUGUAAGGAACCGGAUGUAAUGAACCGGAUGUAAUGAACCGGAUGUUACGACCGGAUGUAAGGAACCGGAAGUUAUGACUAGAUGUACAGAAGGGACAUUGCAAGCUGAGACUAAACUCUCUAAAAACACAACGAAAAAUUUGCAUUGAGAACAAAAUAUUUACAAUUAUAACCUGACUAUUUAUAAGUAUAUUUUUACAAAGAACUUUGAUCGUCGCUGGCUUGUAUCUUGACGUUUGACAUUGCUGAUACUUAUUAACCAAAAUCUUUGCUUUAUAAGUUCAAGUCUAAAGAAACGAAUCCGGAUAAUUGUUGAGAACAAUUGCUGUGUUUUAAUUUAGAAAGAUGUGUUGUAGCCGUUUGGGUGACGUUUUCAAUAUGACGGCGUUUUUGUUAUGAAUAUUUCCCUGUAAAAUAUGUUGAUUUAUUACGAUUGUAUGCUUAAAGUAAUCUAUGUGUUUAAAUGAUUUUCUAAUAAAUCAAAUUGAAAGAAGUGCAA